GCAGCUUGCGGCACCAGAGCAAGCAACAGAUUUUUAUAUUUUAUUAAUUCGUAUGAAAUAGCUAUGAAAUCAGUUUCAUAAAAUGCGAUUUGUUAUACAUAGUUUAGUUUUCCUGUGUGGUAUAUGUUUGUGCAGUGGAGGAUAUGGAGAAUUUCCAGAUGCGCAAUCGGAUGUGGGGGCUCCGGCAUACGUGCCUGCAUAUUUAAAACAUCAACAGUUCUCUAAAACCGGGUACUCCGGUACAAAAACCGGUUAUUCUGGCACUAAGACUGGUUAUGCGGGUACUAAAACUGGAUAUCCUGGCACCAAAACCGGUUAUGCUGGCACGAAAACGGGAUAUGCUGGCACCAAAACUGGAUACGCUGGGACCAAAAAUGGUUAUUCCCCAUACGGAGAGAAAAAGACUUGGGACACCAGCUACGGUUAUGGCCAUGGGCCUUCAUACCAGGACUUCCAGAACAGUGCCAAUCGGCCCUACCAGGCAAAAUGCUUCCCCGAAUGCAAGAACAACGGCAUCUGCGUGGCGACGAACACCUGCCAGUGCCCGGCCAACUUCCACGGCAACUACUGCGAGUUCGAGAAGAAGCCAUGUUUAGUCCAUCCGCCGCUGCCGAUGAAUUCACAUAGGAACUGCUCCUCGGAUUUCUGCACAAUAAAAUGCAUGGCGGGCCACAAGUUCAUCGACGGGUCCACUGUUGCCAACAUGCGGUGCAACGAAGGCCAGUGGCAGCCGACGCGCGCUGACUUCACAACCAUACCGGACUGCCAGCCGGAAUGCACGCCGCCUUGUGAGAACGGGGGCGUGUGUCUUGCUCUCAACACCUGCCAGUGUGCCGAAGACUUUAGGGGACCGCAGUGCCAGUAUGCUGCCAGCGUGUGCGACGUGCGAAAGCUGGCUUUCAACGGCGGGUACAGUUGUUUCGGCGACGGCGAGAAGUUCUCGUGCAAGCUGAACUGUCCUUCAGGCUCUACGUACAGUUCACCGCGAGCGGAACUGUAUACUUGCCUGUACUCGACCGGGGUGUACCAACCACAGCCGAUACCGCACUGCGUUUUCAAUGACGUCUUUGUCGUUACUCCUACAAACUACAGCAGCCACUACGAAAGCCACAGCUGGUCAUCCUCAAGUCACACCCACGGCGGUGCUAGCGGUGGGUCGGAAGGGUCCUACGGGUCGCACCACGGGUCUGCGACCUUCGGCCAAGGGUCGCACGGGUCGGGAGGUGGCUCGUACGGCUCUGGUGGACAUUCUACGCAAAUGGUGGUGCAGGACUUGACUCCUAAAGGGGGCACUUGCUUGACCUGGGCCGGCGAGCAUUAUAAGACCUUUGAUGGAAAGAUUUAUAGCUUCAAAUCGCAAUGCCAGCACAUUCUGGUCCGCGACGCGCUUGAACACAAAUACACGGUGGCGGUGCGGCCCGGCGCGUGCGCGCGCGCUUACUGCCCAUCGGAGAUCACCAUCUACUUGGAGGAGAAGUCCUAUACCCUGUCUAUGCAUCCGGAAGACGGCAGCGUGUCGUUCCGUAGCACCAAGCGCCUCAUCCCGAUUCCGGCGUCGCUACCAGGUAUUCGAGUAGCCAUGCCCGCCGACUACGUCGUCGUCAAUCUGGACGCCGCCGGCCUGGCGCUCAAGUGGGACACCAACGAUAUCAUCUUAGUGGAAGGUUCAGUCCUGCUAUGGAACAACACAGAGGGCCUGUGCGGCACUCUCAACAGCAACCCGGAGGAUGACCUGGUCACCAGAGAGGGAUCCCGUGCCAAGACCAAGGCUGCUAUGGCGUCGUCCUGGCAGCUUAACAAAAUUGGAGACAUCUGCGAAGGCAGCCCGUCCGACGCGGCGCACUGCGCGGCGCAGCCCGACGACGCCAAGAAGAAGGCCCAGCUGUUCUGCGCCAGGAUAUUCAGCAAGGACAAGUUCCGCAAGUGCUCGAAGGUUAUGGACGUGACCCUGUUGCUAGAAGCUUGCCAAGAAGACUACUGCGCUUGUAAAGAUAGUCAAGAUCCCGAGGAAUGCGCUUGCAGCACGGUUUCUGUGUUUGCUAAGGAGUGCUUACGACAUGGAGUGGAAGAAAUGAAGUUCUGGAGAGACCCCGACACUUGCCCCAAAACCUGUCCCGACGGUAAAAUCUACAAGGUCUGCGGGCCAGACUCCCAGCCCAGCUGCUCCUUUCCGCAAGUGGCCUCAAAGGCCGACAACGCCACCUGCAUCGAAGGCUGCUUCUGUCCCGAAGGCCUACUGCUGGAAGGAGGCAAGUGCGUCCAGAAGGAAGACUGUCCGUGCAGACUGAGGAACAGGAGCUUCAAGCCUGGGUCUGUUAUACCUAAGGAGUGCAACAGUUGCACAUGUCAAGCAGGCGAGUGGAAGUGCACUCAGGUGCCUUGUGGCGCGCGCUGCAGUGCCGUGGGCGACCCUCACUAUACGACCUUCGACGGGCAAAGAUACGACUUCAUGGGACACUGCACGUACACCUUACUGCAGACUAACAAUAUCACGGUUGAAGUGGAAAACGUUGCGUGUUCGGGAGCUAUUACUGAGGAAAUGAACCUAACACCGUACAAGGGCGAGGGCAGGCCGUCCUGCACGAAAGCCGUGAACCUCAGGUACGACGGCGCCGACAUCCACCUGAAGCAAGGAGGACUGAUUCUUGUCAAUGGGAAAGAGGUGUCUGCACUUCCCGUCAACGUGGGACAGAUCAGGAUUCGAGCCGCUUCUUCGUUGUUUAUCAUUGUGCAACUGCCUCUGAAAGUGGAUAUCUGGUGGGAUGGCAACACCAGAGUGUUUGUCGACGUACCGCCAUCAUUCCAGGGCAAGACCAAAGGUUUAUGUGGAACCUUCAACUUGAAACAAAGCGACGACUUCUUGACUCCCGAAGGCGACGUAGAGCAGUCUACCCUCGCGUUCGCGAACAAAUGGAAGACCAGGGAGUUCUGCGAAGACUUGAGCACUAAGGAACCCGAGCACCCUUGCAAAGCAAACGUUCAGAAUAAGGAAAUGGCUGAGAAGUACUGCAGCAAGUUGAAGAGCAAGCUAUUUGAAGAAUGCCACUGGUUCGUGGACGUGGAAGCGCACUACGAAGCGUGCCUGUACGACAUGUGCGCGUGCGGCGGCGACGCGGCGCGCUGCCUGUGCCCGCUGCUCGGCGACUACGCCAUGGCCUGCGCCAAGAGCGGCGUGCUGCUGCAGUGGCGCUACAACGUCAAGGAGUGUGAACUGCAAUGCACCGGCGGCCAGGAGUACACAGUAUGCGCGGACAGCUGCGAGCGGACCUGCACCGACGUGGCGCUGUCUGCCACCAGCAACUGCAAGCCCUGCUGCGUGGAGGGCUGCGCCUGCCCGCCUGGACAGCGGACCUGCACCGACGUGGCGCUGUCUGCCAGCAGCAACUGCAAGCCCUGCUGCGUGGAGGGCUGCGCUUGCCCGCCUGGACAGGUAGGCCAUCUCCCUCGUUCGUACCAAGCUCCUGGUGUGCGAGAGAGGGACGCACGACAUGUAGCGUGCUCAUACAGCUGCGAGUGGACCUGCACCGACGUGGCGCUGUCUGCCACCAGCAACUGCAAGCCUUGCUGCGUGGAGGGAUGCGCCUGCCCGCCUGGACAGGUCCUCGAUGAUAAGAACACUUGCGUGCCGAAAGGUCUGUGCCCUUGCAACCAUAAGGGCAUGAAGUUCGACGCCGGCUACAAAGAGGUCAGGCCUGGCAGACGCGAGAGAGAACUAUGUACCUGCGUGGGCGCACGAUGGGAGUGCGUGCCGGCAACCGACUCAGACAUCCAGAACUACCCUCCGGCGGAAGAUCUACGUUCCAACUGCAGCGCCGCCAACCACAUGGAAUUCACCACUUGUAUGGUCGCCGAGCCGCUGACUUGCAAGAACAUGCAUCUACCGCCUUCCACCACGAGCGCGGAGUGCCGGCCGGGCUGCCAGUGCAAGGCGGGCUUCGUGCUUGACGCGGGCGCUAACAAAUGCGUGCCGCGCGCCGCCUGCCCCUGCCACCACGGCGGCCGCAGCUACCCCGACGGGAGCCUCAUGCAGGAGGCGUGCAACACCUGUGAGUGCAAGAGCGGCAACUGGUCGUGCACCACCCGCGUUUGCUCCGGCCUGUGCGGCGCGUGGGGCGACUCCCAUCUCGACACCUUCGACGGAGCGCAGUACGACUUCGAAGGAGUCUGCACAUAUCUGCUGGCUAAAGGUGUCAUGGACUCCAAUGAUGGGUUCGAUGUGGAGAUACAGAUAGACGGCGCGCAGUACAACUUCGAAGUCGUCUGCACCUAUCUGCUGGCUAAGGGUGUCAUGGACUCCAAUGAUGGGUUCGAUGUGGAGAUACAGGGCGACUCCCGCUUCGAUACAUUCGACGGAGCGCAGUACGACUUCGAAGGAGUCUGCACCUAUCUGCUGGCUAAGGGCGUCAUGGACUCCAAUGAUGGAUUCGAUGUGGAGAUACAGUAUGACUUCGAAGGAGUUUGCACCUAUCUGCUGGCUAAUGGCGUCAUGGACUCCAAUGAUGGCUUCGAUGUGGAGAUACAGAUAGACGGCGCGCAGUACGACUUCGAAGGAGUCUGCACCUAUCUGCUGGCUAAAGGCGUCAUGGACUCGAAUGAUGGAUUCGAUGUGGAAAUAGAGAUAGACGGAGCGCAGUACGACUUCGAAGGAGUCUGCACAUAUCUGCUGGCUAAGGGUGUCAUGGACUCCAAUGAUGGGUUCGAUGUGGAGAUACAGAUAGACGGCGCGCAGUACGACUUCGAAGGAGUCUGCACCUACCUUCUGGCUAAAGGCGUCAUGGACUCCAAUGAUGGGUUUGAUGUGGAGAUACAGAUAGACGGCGCGCAGUACGACUUCGAAGGAGUCUGCACCUAUCUGCUGGCUAAGGGCGUCAUGGACUCCAAUGAUGGGUUCGAGGUGGAGAUACAGCGAGUGCAAGAGCGGCAACUGGUCGUGCACCACCCGCGUUUGGUGACUGAGUGA